CCACGACACAAACCAAAUUCAAACACUGUUUUUGUGUGCAGGAGAGAGCAAAAAACAAUGGCAUCUCAGCAAAUGGCUCACAUAGAUCCCAGCAAGAAGGUGAAUGAGAGAGAUGAUCACGUUGAGGCAGAUGGAAAGGAGUCGUUUGGUGAGAAAGAGAGAGAGUUGGUUUCUGAUAGAGCUAGGCCUAAGAAUAUAUUUAAAGACAAAGAGGUUGAAGGAAGAGAAAGUGGUGGUGGAAAGUUUGAAAAGUUUGAAACGAGUUUAGCAGAAAAAGAUAAACUCGAGGGAAGAACAAGAGUGGUGGAGGGAAAAGUGUGGAACAAAGAGGAGAAACGAAGAAACAAUCCUCUAAGAGGAAAAGUAGAGGCAGUGAAAGGAAGACCAAUGGAAAAAACAACAGAGGAAGCUCAAAGAAGAGAGAAAGGUGAAAACAAAGAGGGUGAUGGUGAGGAACAAGGAAAAGGAAGAGGAAGAGAAGAAAAUGAACAGCCUAGUCUUGAAGACAUUUCCAAGUACAGAGCCGAAGCUCAAGAAAAGGCAAUGAAUGCAGUUGAAGCUGCUAAGGAGAAAUAUGAAAAAAAGAGAGAAAAACAAGCAGAAAUAGAAGCUUCCAAAGAGGCAAAUGAAGAGGAAACACAGAAAAAAGACUUCACAAGAGAGAAAGAAGCAGUGGAAAUUGGAAAGAUUGCUUCUAAAAUGGCUGCAGAUUUGAGGGAGAGGGCUAUAGUCACAGGUUGGAGUGCUGCUCAGUACUCUACUGAGAUGACUGUGGAGGUAACCAAGGCUGCAACUACCAUGGUUGAGGAAGCAGUUGAGUAUUUGGGCCAGAAGGCUUAUGAGCUUGCUGCUAAGUCAGUGGAUACUGCUACUGGUUUAGCUGCUGCAACUGGUGAGAAUGCAAAGGAGUACACUGCAAGGAAGAAAGAGGAGGCAGAGAGAGCUUUGGAGGCCAAAAGGGAAACUCAGAAUCAGGCAAAUGAAACUGUGGUUGACAUCAAAGUGAAGGGAGAAAAGGAAAAACCACAAUCACCUCAAUAUGAACAUGCAGACAUGAAACUUGAUUAGUGACUUUGAGUUGCAUGGAUAUGUUCAUAAUAAAGUUGGAUUAGGAAGAAAAUAUCUAUCAUGCAGUAAUACUUUAAAGUUCCACGUUUUGUGGAGUUGUAGACAAAUAAGAAUGUCUUUUUGUGAUUCUAUACAGGAGUAAUAAUGUAUGUGAUCUUGCCCUGUUUAUGUAUAUUAUUUAUAUAUCUAUCUACUUGUGGAAUGUCAUAUUCA